ACACAUGGAAUUCAAUCCUUUAAAAACAUAGCCAUUCUCUCCAAAUGCUUAUCUCCCCUGUUUCAUCUCCAACACAAAAAACAGAGCAAACACAAACAAAAAAGAGAAAAAAAAUGGAGAAACCACUCGAAAAAUUCGACGUAAUCGUCAUUGGAGCUGGUAUAAUGGGUAGCUGUACAGCUUAUGAAGCAUCAAAACGUAAUCAAAAGACACUACUUCUCGAACAAUUCGAUUUCUUACACCAUCUCGGUUCUUCCCACGGCGAAUCAAGAACCAUACGAGCCACGUACCCCGAAGACUACUACCCGAAAAUGGUGUUGAAAUCCGAAACCCUCUGGAGAGAAGCUGAACAACAAAUCGGAUACAGAGUGUAUUUCAAAACCUCACAACUCGAUAUCGGACCUUCUAACGACAAAGCAAUUCAGUCUGUCAUCUCUAGCUGCGACAAAAACUCUAUCCCUGUUCGCGUUAUUGAUCGUAACGCGAUGUCUCUAGAGUUCGAUAACUUGAUUCAAUUACCCCAUGAUUGGAUUGGUGUUGUUACAGAGCAUGGUGGUGUUAUCAAACCAACGAAAGCAGUUUCGAUGUUUCAAACACUCGCAAUUAUCAAUGGAGGUAUCUUGAGAGAUAAGAUCGAAGUCGUUGAAAUCAAAAAGGAUGGCAAAACAGGGGAUGUUUUGGUUAUGGCGAAAAAUGGAGAAAAAUUUAGCGGGAAAAAAUGUGUUGUUACAGUUGGUUCAUGGAUGAAUAAAUUAGUUAGAAAUAUAUCAGGUGUUGUUAUUCCAAUUCAACCAUUGGAGACAACUGUAUUUUAUUGGAAGAUUAAAAAAGGGUACGAGUCAAAAUUCACUAUUGGAAAUGGCUUUCCAACUUUCGCGAGUUACGGUGAGCCGUACGUGUACGGCACACCGUCACUCGAGUAUCCAGGACUGAUUAAGAUCCCGGUACAUGGUGGGCGCCCCUGUGAACCUACUGACAGGACGUGGGCGCCCACACAAAGCCUGGAUCCACUCUCUGAGUGGAUCCAGGAGAGGUUCAGAGGCCUCGUUGAUUCAACGAGGCCGGUCCUGACGCAGUCGUGUAUGUACUCAGUGACGCCGGAUGAGGAUUUUGUGAUUGAUUUUCUUGGUGGUGAGUUUGGUGAGGAUGUGGUGGUUGGUGGUGGAUUUUCUGGGCAUGGGUUUAAAAUGGGACCAAUUGUGGGGAAAAUAUUGAGUGAUCUUGUUAUAGACGGAGAAACAAAAGAAGUGGAGUUGAUGCAUUUUAGAAUUAAGAGAUUUGAGAAAAAUUCUAAAGGAAAUUUGAAGAAGUUUGAUGAUCAAGUGAGUUCAGCACAUUAAGUGAAAUUUUAUUUGUUUUUUUUUAUCUAUUGGUAUUAUGUAAUUCAUGUAAUUAUGUGGUAUCUAAUCAAGUUAUGUUAUUGUGUUUUGAAUUGUU